CGGCGCUGGUUGGUGUUUAGGGUCUCAAGAGUGCCCGGUGAAUCUUUUCACCAUUUAGUACAUAGCGGGCUGUUGGCGUUCUGUAUGAAGACGAAUAGCGGUAUCUGAAUUGAAAAGUAUUUUGGCUUUGUGUGGAAUAAGAGCGGACCACACAAAGAAAAAUGGCUGAUGCUACUGCUCGCUCUCUUCAGUAUGAGUACAAGGCGAAUUCCAACCUUGUCCUGCAAACUGACUUGCGUUUGGUGGAGCGACGAGGUCGAGAUGAGGCCACCGGUGAGGUUGUCUCCCUAGUUGGAAAGCUGGAGGGCACCCGCAUGGGUGACAGAGCUCAAAAGAACAAGCCACAGAAGACAGAUGAACGCAAAGUCAAGCGUCAGAAGCGCGAUGAGGCACAGCACGACUUUACCAAGAUGCGCGGCACCACACUGCUGUCAGAGGGUGUGGAGGAGAUGGUGGGCAUUUACUACCGGCCCAAGACACAGGAGACGCGCCACACCUACGAGGUGCUGCUCAGCUUCAUCCAGGAGGCCAUUGGCGAUCAGCCCCGAGAUGUGCUAUGCGGCGCCGCCGACGAGGUGCUGACAGUGCUCAAGAACGAUCGCAUGAAGGACAAGGAGCGGAAGAAGGAAACCGAGGGCCUGCUGGGCCCGCUGGCCGAGGAGCGGUUUGCUCUGCUGGUCAACCUCGGCAAGAAGAUCACCGACUUCGGCACCGAGGUCAAGUCCACCGCCGCAGCCGACCAGCUGGACGACACGUACGGCGUCAACGUCCAGUUUGAGGAGUCCGAGGACGAGGGUGACAACGAGGACGUGUACGGAGAGGUGCGGGAAGACGACGACGACGAGGAGGGCGAGGAGUCCAAGGCCAACACGGCCAUCUCGGCCACCAACUUGCAAGGAGGAGACGAGUCUCUGAUGAAGAAAGAGAAGGCGCUUCAUCCACAGGACAUUGACGCUCACUGGCUUCAGCGGCAGCUGUCCAGGUACUAUACGGACCCGUUCGUGUCGCAAGCCAAGUCGCGAGAGGUGAUGGAGGUGCUGCAGUCGGCCGAGGACGACCGCGAGGCCGAGAACAAGCUGGUCAUCCUGCUCGGCUACGACGCGUUCGACUUUAUUCGCACGCUAAAGAAGCACCGCCAGAUGAUCCUGCACUGCACCUUGCUGGCAUCAGCGCAGUCCGACCAGGAGCGGCGCGAGCUGCGCGACCGCAUGGAGGCCGAACCGCAGCUGCGCAAGAUCCUCCGGCUGCUAGACAACGCCGUGCGCGAGGAGCUGGAGGCGGCAGAGCAGGGGGAGGAACGGGCCGCCGGCGGCGCCGACCGCCGCCAGCCGCAGCAGGAGGCCAUGGAGGUGGACGGCGAGCUCAGUCAGGUGGCCGGGCCGCGGGAGACACUGGACCUGGACGACCUGGUCUUCUCUAAUGGCAGCCACUUCAUGUCCAACAAGAAGUGCCACCUGCCCGACGGCUCAUUCCGCAAACAGCGCAAAGGCUACGAGGAGGUGCACGUGCCGGCGCUGAAGCCCAAGCCAUUCGAGCCGGACGAGCAGCUGGUGCCCAUCCGCGAGCUGCCUAAAUACGCCCAGCCGGCUUUCGACGGUUUCAAGUCGCUGAACCGCAUCCAGAGCCGGCUGUACCAGGCCUCGCUGCACUCGGACGACAACCUGCUGCUGUGCGCCCCCACCGGCGCCGGCAAGACCAACGUCGCCCUCCUCACCAUGAUGCGCGAGAUCGGCAAGCACAUCAACGAGGACGGCUCCAUCCGCGCCGACCAGUUCAAAAUCAUCUACAUCGCGCCCAUGCGCUCGCUCGUGCAGGAGAUGGUCGGCAACUUCAGCAAGCGCCUGGCGGCGUACAACAUCACCGUCUCCGAGCUGACGGGCGACCACCAGCUGUCACGCGACCAGAUCGUCAGCACCCAGAUCAUCGUGUGCACGCCCGAGAAGUGGGACAUCAUCACCAGAAAGGGCGGCGAGCGCACGUUCACCCAGCUCGUCCGGCUCAUGAUCUUUGACGAGAUCCACCUGCUGCACGACGAGCGCGGCCCGGUGCUGGAGGCGCUGGUGGCGCGCACCAUCCGCAACAUGGAGCUGACGCAGGACCAGGUGCGCCUGGUCGGCCUCUCCGCCACGCUGCCCAACUACCACGACGUGGCCAUGUUCCUGCGCGUCAAGCCGGAGACGGGCCUGUUCUACUUCGACAACUCGUUCCGCCCCGUGCCGCUGGAGCAACAGUACAUCGGCGUCACCGAGAAGAAGGCGAUCAAACGCUUCCAGGUCAUGAACGAGAUCGUCUACGAGAAGGUCAUGGAGCACGCCGGCAAGAACCAGGUGCUCAUUUUCGUGCACUCGCGCAAGGAGACGGGCAAGACGGCGCGCGCCGUGCGUGACAUGUGCCUUGAGAAGGACACGCUGGGGCAGUUCCUGCGCGAGGGCUCCGCCUCCACCGAGGUGUUGCGCACAGAGGCGGAACAGGUGAAGAACAUCGAGCUGAAGGACCUGCUGCCGUACGGCUUCGCCAUCCACCACGCCGGCAUGACGCGCGUCGACCGCACGCUCGUGGAGGACCUGUUCGCUGAUCGGCACAUCCAGGUGCUGGUGUCGACGGCCACGCUGGCCUGGGGCGUCAACCUGCCGGCGCACACGGUCAUCAUCAAGGGCACCCAGGUGUACAACCCGGAGAAGGGCCGCUGGACCGAGCUGGGCGCGCUGGACGUGCUCCAGAUGCUGGGCCGCGCCGGUCGGCCCCAGUACGACACCAAGGGCGAGGGCAUCCUCAUCACCAACCACUCGGAGCUGCAGUACUACCUCUCGCUGCUCAACCAGCAGCUGCCUGUCGAGUCUCAGAUGGUGUCUCGGCUGUCAGAUACGCUGAACGCCGAGAUUGUACUGGGCACGGUCAAAAACGUGCGCGACGCGGUCAACUGGCUGGGCUACACGUAUCUCUACGUGCGCAUGCUGCGCUCGCCGGCGCUGUACGGCGUGCAGCACGACUCCGUGGAGUCCGACCAGCUGAUGGAGGGCCGCCGCGCCGACCUGGUGCACACGGCGGCGCUGGCGCUCGACAAGUCCGGCCUGGUCAAGUACGAGCGCAAGACCGGCCAGCUGCAGGUGACGGAGCUGGGCCGCAUCGCGAGCCACUACUACCUGACGCACCAGACGGUGCAGACCUACAACCAGCUGCUGAAGCCCAGCCUCUCCGAGAUCGAGCUGUUCCGCGUGUUCUCCCUGUCCGGCGAGUUCCGCAACGUCGGCGUCCGGGAGGAGGAGAAACUGGAGCUGCAGAAGCUGAUGGAGCGCGUGCCCGUGCCCAUCAAGGAGAGCAUCGAGGAGCCCAGCGCCAAGAUCAACAUCCUGCUGCAGGCGUACAUUUCGCAGCUGAAGCUGGACGGCUUCGCGCUGAUGGCCGACAUGGUCUACGUCACCCAGUCGGCCGGCCGGCUCAUGCGCGCCAUCUACGAGAUCGUUCUGAGUCGGGGCUGGGCGCAGCUGGCUGAGAAGACGCUCAGCCUGUGCAAGAUGGCAGACAAGCGGAUGUGGCAGUCGAUGUCGCCGCUGAGGCAGUUCAAGAAGAUCCCCGAGGAGGUGGUCAGGAAGAUCGAGAAGAAGAGCUUCCCGUUCGAGAGACUGUACGACCUGGGCCCCAACGAGAUCGGAGAGCUGAUCCGCGCGCCCAAGAUGGGCAAGCUGAUCCACAAGUACGUGCACCAGUUCCCCAAGCUGGAGCUGGCCACGCACAUCCAGCCCAUCACCAGGCAGACGCUGAAGGUGGAGCUGACCAUCACGCCAGACUUCCAGUGGGACGAGAAGGUGCACGGCAAGGCUGAGGCCUUCUGGAUCCAGGUGCUGGACGUGGACGCCGAGAUCCUGCUGCACCACGAGUACUUCUUGCUGAAGCAGAAGUUCGCACAGGAUGAGCACGUCGUCAAAUUCUUCGUGCCCGUGUUCGAGCCGCUGCCGCCGCAGUACUUCAUCAAGGUGGUGUCGGACCGGUGGAUCGGCGCCGAGACGCACCUGGCCGUUUCGUUCCGGCACCUCAUCCUGCCGGAGAAGUACCCGCCGCCCACGGAGCUGCUCGACCUGCAGCCGCUGCCGGUGAACGCGCUGCGGAACCCGGCGCUGGAGGCGCUCUACAAGGAGCAGCUGCAGCAGUUCAACCCGAUUCAGACCCAGGUCUUCAAUUCGGUCUACAACUCGGACGACAACGUGUUUGUGGGCGCGCCCACCGGCUCUGGCAAGACGGUGAUCGCCGAGCUGGCCAUCCUCCGUCUGCUGAGCACUCAGCCGGAGCCGCGCUGCGUGUACGUCACGCCGCAGGACCAGCUGGCCGAGGCCGUGUACGCGCACUGGAAGGACAAGUUCGGCCGACGGCUCGGCAAGCGCGUGGAGCUGCUCACCGGCGAGACGGGCACCGAUCUCAAGAUGCUGGCCAAGGGCGCCAUCGUGGUGGCCACGCCCGAGCGCUGGGACGUGAUGUCGCGCCGCUGGAAGCAGCGCCGCAACGUGCAGGCCGUGCAGUUGUUCAUCGCGGACGAGCUGCAGCUGAUCGGCGGCGAGACGGGACCCGUGCUCGAGGUCGUCUGCAGCCGCAUGAGGUACAUCUCGUCCCAGCUGGAGAAACCGAUCCGCGUGGUGGCGCUCUCUUCGCCGCUGUCGAACGCCCGGGACGUGGCGCAGUGGCUGGGCUGCGCGCCGCAGAGCACCUUCAACUUCCACCCGAACGUGCGGCCUCUGCCGCUGGAGCUGCACAUCCAGGGCUUCAACAUCACCCACGCCGGCUCGCGCCUGCUGGCCAUGUCAAAGCCGGUGUACCACGCGCUGUGCCGGUACUCGCCGCUGAAGCCGGUGCUGGUGCUGGUGCCGUCGCGCAAGCAGUCGCGACUGACGGCUGUCGAGCUGUUGACGUUCGCCGCCGGCGACGGCCGCCCGGCGCGCUUCCUGCACGCGGAGCAGGCGGACGUGCAGCCGUUCAUCGAAGGCAUCGCCGACAAGACGCUGCGCGAGACGGUGGCGCAGGGCGUGGCGUACCUGCACGAGGGCCUGUCGGUGGGCGACCGGCACCUGGUGGAGCAGCUGUUCGACUCUGGCGCGCUGCAGGUGGCUGUCGUCUCGCGCUCGCUCGUCUGGUCCCUGUCCGUCUUCAGCCACCUGGUCAUCAUCAUGGACACGCAGUACUACGACGGCAAGACCCACUCGUACGAGGACUACCCGAUCACCGACGUGCUGCAGGCGGUCGGCAGGGCCAACCGCACACGCGACGACCACGACAGCAAGUGCGUGCUGCUCUGCCAGUCGUCGCGCAAGGACUUCUACAAGAAGUUCCUGUACGAACCGAUCCCGGUGGAGAGCCACCUGGACCACACGCUGCACGACCACUUCAACGCCGAGAUCGUCACCAAGACCAUCGAGAACAAGCAGGACGCCGUGGACUACCUCACCUGGACGUUCCUGUACCGGCGCAUGGCGCAGAACCCCAACUACUACAACCUGCAGGGCGUAACACACCGACACCUGUCGGAUCACCUGUCAGAGGUGGUGGAGAAGACGCUGUCCGACCUGGAGCAGAGCAAGUGCAUCACCGUGGAGGACGAGAUGGACUGCUCGCCGCUGAACCUGGGCAUGAUCGCCGCCUACUACUACAUCAACUACACCACCAUCGAGCUGUUCUCCAUGUCGCUCAACGCCAAGACGAAGAUCCGCGGCCUGAUGGAGAUCAUCGCGUCGGCGGCCGAGUACGCGGAGCUGCCGAUCCGGCACGGGGAGGACAGCCUGCUGGCCAGCCUGCACCAGCGGCUGCCCAACAAACUGCAGAAGCCUAGGUACAACGACCCACACACGAAGACCAACCUGCUUGUGCAGGCGCACUGCAGCCGGAUGCAGCUGUCGGCAGAGCUGCAGCAGGACACGGAGCUGAUCCUGCAGCGGGUGGUGCGCCUGAUCCAGGCCUGUGUCGACGUGCUCUCCUCUAACGGCUGGCUCUCGCCGGCGCUCGCCUCCAUGGAGCUGGCGCAGAUGUGCACGCAGGCGAUGUGGUCCAAGGACAGCUACCUGAAGCAGCUGCCGCACUUCACACCCGAGAUCAUCAAACGCUGCGAAGAGAAGGAGGUGACCACCGUGUUCGACAUCAUGGAGCUGGAGGACGAGGAUCGCAACAAACUGCUGCAGCUGGACGACAAGCAGAUGGCCGACGUGGCCCGCUUCCUGCAACAG